UACUUUUUUGCUAGAACUUACAAAAUGACUAAUUGCGCAAGCAUCUUUCUGCGUCAUACUUAGCACUUCAGAAGUGAGCAAAUGAAGCCAUUCAGAUUGUAUGGGGUCAACAUUAUCCAUUGUGUUGUUGUUUGAAUUGUGGAGGCAAAAAACUUUUUAUCCAAGCGUUAUCGGACAAAUAAAUUGUUCAUCAAUUUUGCAAACGUAUCCACAAUAACGAUAUAUCUUUACAGAUAGCUAUGCAUUUGAAGAGACUUUAAACAAUUCUUAGUAAACAGUGAUACGGACAUACAGACAAUAGGCUUCUAUUGAAAUUAUUAAUAUGAAUGUUAGGACGAAAGUGUUAUGACCAUGGAGACUUUAGCGUGUACAGUCGCUAGUUAGUGUAUGUGUCGUCCUACUGUAGAAUGGGUAUUCUUAUGGAAUCCUCCGAAGUGAAUCUAUGCACUGCCAGAUACGCGAGCGGUACGGAAGUGUUCGGCGCAAUGGCCACUCCGAGUAACUACUACAGCGACACCAUCCACACCAUUGCCAUCAACACCAGGGAGACAGAAUUCGGCAAGAUCGUCGAGCCAAUCCCGAUAACCCUGAAAGCCUACCAGCAUUUCCAAGCCCACGGACAUGCUAUACAUGGUUACGGGUUUCCGCAGCAAAUGUUGACGGCUCUAACUGUUCCCCGAAUUCCUGAUGAUGAAAAACCUUCCACGUCAUCGCAAACUACCCCCUCCAAAGAAAAAACGAAGGAUCAUCAGACCGUGCGACCGCCACCGAAAAAGAAAUGGAUAAAAGAGUAUUUAGAGGAGGAGCCGAAGUCCCCGGUGUCGGUGCGAGUGGUGACAGGGUUGUCGGUGACGGCUCGUAGCAACGGCGUGGUGCGGCCGACGUCGCCGGUGCCGGUGACCCCCGCGCCCGCCGCCGCGCUCGUGUUCGAGCCGGCUCCCGCCCCCGCCCCCGCGCCGCCCGCGCCCCUCCUUGACUUCGUACAAGAACAUUCCAGGCCGCGUACAACGAGCACCAGUCAUGGGACCCCCCAGAUCCCCUCCCCCCCGUCAGUGGGCAGCAACGGCAGCAGCAGCGGCAGUGGCAGCGGCAGCGCCCCCCGCGCCGGCACGAGAGAAGUCCACAACAAGCUGGAGAAGAACCGACGGGCGCACCUUAAGGAGUGCUUCGAGCUGCUCAAACGGCAGUUGCCUGCUACCCCUGAUGACAAGAAGACGUCCAAUUUGUCGAUAUUGGCGUCAGCGAUUAGAUAUAUCCAGGUCCUCCGCCGCAAAGAGCGCGAAUGCGAGCACGAGAUGGAGAGGCUGGCGCGCGAGAAGAUCGCCGCGCAGCAGCGCCUCGCGGCGUUGAAGCGGGAGGUGUCCGUGCGCGCCACGGUGCGACCGAGGAGCACGGAUAAUGAAGAAAUGGAAAGGGAUGGUCGAGUCAAUGGACAAGUAGUGGGAAUCCCUAUAAGUAUUACCUCAUCCCCCCCAACGGUGGCGCGGAUCAAGACCUCGCCCCCCCGCACCCUGAACCUCAGCACGAAGCUCCGCACGCUUCCCAUACAGAUCACGCCCACCACCUCGCAGGUCGUGCGGACGUCGUACGCGCGGCACAACACGCUCACGCUCACUACGUUGGCGCCCGCGGAGUCUGCGCAGAACGGCCAGCUUGAGAACGGUGUCAGUAAUACCUUAAGCACCACGCUGGUACACCCCGCGCAAAUACACCUCCCUAUCUCGCAAGUGGUGGGCAGCGGCGGGCUGGUGGUGGGCGGCGCGGCGCUGCAGCUGCUGUCGGCGGGCGGCGGGCUGCGCGUGCUGCAGCCGCACCACCACACCAACGGAGUGACAACAGGGGAUAGUAAUCAUAGAAUACAAAGAGAAAAUGGCAUUGUUUCACCUCCUCCUGCCUCCUCGGAAGGCGUGGUGGUGAGCGGGCUGACGCCGCUCGUGGUGUCGCAGGCCGGCCAUCUGCUGCAGACACACACGCUCGCGCACAAGAUGGUAGAAACGCAAGUGGUGAGCGGCAGCGGCGGGCCGCUAACGGUCAGCGCGUCGUACCUCAGCGCCGCCACCAUUGUGAAGCCCGUUGUGGUGCUACCCCCCCACACCUCUUCCCCCCCCCACACGUGAGGGGACCCGCGGAGACUUGGGACCCGCAUCAACACUUCCAGACCCCC